AUGUCACCUCCUAAAAAGCGAAUCACCACCGCUCCACCUGUGGUAGCUGCUAAAAGGAGGAAGGGGAACGAGGAGCCUGUCAACAAGGGGGUGUUUGAAACUCAUCUUGAACAACUUUCGCAGACCUCAGAAGCGGAAAGUUGCGAAUCGUUGUGGAACAGAGGUGAUCUCGAAGAAGGUCUAGGAACUACAAAAUCGGUAGCGUUUCAGGUGUUCGAUAUUGAAACCUACCAUGAACCAGGCUCAGCCACGACUUUCGACAGAACAAAUGUGAAAUUAUAUGGAGUUACACGUGCAGGAAAUUCAAUAUGUGCUAUUGUCACAGAUUAUUUCCCGCAUUUCUACUUCCAGGCUCCUGAACGUUUCGCUCCCGAGCAUUUGGAUGUUGCACAAAGGAAUCUCAAUAACGCUGUGGCUGCUUCAUUGCGUAGAGCAAACUCAAACUUGCAAAUGUCCUCAAUAAUUGUGGAUAAUUUAGUUCGAUUAAGCAUCGUCGAUGGUGAAAACGUAUACUAUUAUCGAGGCUCCGAGAAGAAAUAUCCUUUCAUAAAAGUCAGUGGAACCUCCAAUGCAUUGAAUAAAGCGAAGCAAGAGUUGAAAAAUGGUGGAUUUUCCUUUGGUAAUGGACCAGUCCAGACUGGUACACUUUAUGAGGCAAACAUUGACGCCGAGGUGAAAUUCAUGGCACAUAGCGGCAUAGUUGGGUGCGGAUGGGUGGAAAUUCCUGUUGGCAAAGGAGUGAUCCACCAGUCAAAGGCACAAAGUUCAAGGUGCCAGCUUGAGCUUGAGGUAAAACUUGGCGAUCUAGUUGUUCACGAUCCAGAGGGAGAGUGGGCUGAUGUAGCACCCAUACGUACACUUUCAUUUGAUAUUGAAUGUAUGGGAAGGCGCGGAGUGUUUCCUGAUGCCAACGAGGAUCCGGUUAUCCAGAUCGCCAAUAUGGUUAAGGUGGAAGGCGAAUCUGAACCAUUCAUUCGUAAUUGCUUCGUGCUUGGAACAUGUGCACCUGUAAUCGGUUCUGAGAUUAUUCAAUGUGACAGCGAAAAAGAGUUAUUGGAGAAAUGGGCGGAAUUUGUCCGUUCUGUGGACCCCGAUAUACUUACCGGGUACAACAUCCUCAACUUUGAUCUACCGUACAUUUUGGAUCGUGCGAAGGUGCUAAAACUGCCGUCAGUUGCCAUGCUGGGCAGACAGCGUGAUCGAGCGUCUAGUGUUCGCGAUGCUGCGAUUUCUUCGAAGCAAAUGGGAAGCCGCAUCAAUAAGAGUAUAGAUAUGCAUGGUCGAGUGAUAUUUGAUGUUCUGCAGGUCGUUCUGCGAGACUACAAGCUUCGUAGUUACACUCUCAACAGUGUUUCAUAUCACUUCCUAUCCGAACAAAAGGAGGACGUCGAGCAUAGUAUAAUUUCAGAUUUACAGAGAGGAGAUGAGCACACUCGACGAAGGUUGGCCAUUUACUGUAUGAAAGAUGCUGCUUUGCCAUUGAAACUUCUUGAGAAAUUGCUGUCUGUUAUCAAUUAUAUGGAAAUGGCUAGGGUGACAGGAGUCCCACUCAACUACUUGCUGACACGAGGACAGCAGAUCAAAAUCUUGUCUAUGAUGCUGAGAAAGUGCAAAACAGAUAAUUUCUUUCUCCCAGUAAUUGAAGCACAGGGAGCCGAUUCAGAAGGUUACGAAGGUGCUACUGUUAUUGAGCCUCUUCGUGGGUUCUAUAACGAACCGAUCGCCACUCUUGAUUUUGCAUCACUAUAUCCAUCAAUAAUGAUUGCUCACAAUCUUUGCUAUACAACUUUAUUGAAGAAGCCAGAAGGAGAAGAAGGGAAGGACUACAUUAAAACUCCGUCUGGCAAUUAUUUCGCCACAAGAGAACGUCGCCGUGGUCUUCUUCCUGUCAUCUUGGAAGAUUUGCUGGCUGCCAGAAAACGCGCUAAGAAUGAGAUGAAGCAUGAAAAGGAUGAGUUCCGUAAGAUGGUGCUUAAUGGUCGACAACUUGCUCUGAAGGUAUCCGCAAACUCCGUAUACGGCUUUACUGGUGCGACCGUUGGAAAGCUCCCAUGUUUGGAGAUCUCUCAGUCUGUAACCGCUUUCGGAAGGCAAAUGAUCGAUCUGACCAAGAACGAAGUUGAGAAACGAUAUACAGCUGGUGCUUUAGAUGGGAAGUGUCCCGCAAAUGCUCAGGUUGUUUAUGGUGACACGGAUUCGGUUAUGGUGAAGUUUGGCGUCAAAACAGUAGCCGAAGCAAUGGAAAUUGGGCUACAUGCAGCCACUGAAGUCAGCAAGAUCUUCACACCUCCAAUAAAGCUGGAAUUUGAAAAAGUUUACUAUCCGUAUUUGCUUAUCAAUAAGAAGAGGUACGCGGGACUUUAUUUCACGAAACCGGACAAGCAUGAUAAAAUGGAUUGCAAGGGUUUGGAGACCGUCCGACGUGAUAAUUGUCCAUUAGUAGCAAAAGUGUUGAGCACAUGCCUCGAGAAGCUAAUGAUUGAUCGUGACGCCAACUCUGCUUUGGAGUUCGCUAAGCGAGUCAUUGGUGAUCUACUUUGCAACAAGAUUGACAUUUCAAUGCUUAUUAUCAGUAAGGAACUAACCAAGUCGGGCGAGAAAUACCAAGCUAAGCAAGCUCAUGUGGAACUAGCGGCGAGGAUGAGAAAACGAGAUCCAGGGUCGGCUCCACGAUUGGGCGACCGGGUACCGUACGUUAUAAUUGCUGCUGCCAAAAAUGUGCCUGCUUAUGAGAAAGCUGAAGACCCAACAUUCGUAUUGAAGAACAACAUUCCCAUUGACAACAAGUACUAUCUUACAAAUCAGCUUGCAAAACCUCUGGCUAGAAUAUUUGAGCCGAUUCUGGGAGACCGUGCAGAGAGAAUUUUGAUCGAAGGUGAGCACACUCGCGUAAGAGCAGUGGUGCAGAGCAAAGUUGGAGGAUUGGCUGCAUUCACAAAGAAACAAGUUACGUGCUUGGGUUGCAAAGCAGUGCUUAAGGAUCAACAUCGUGCAGUUUGUGAUUUUUGCCUCAAGAAAGGGAAGCUGCCCGAAAUCUAUGCGCAGCGAAUAACAAACGUUAAUGUCCUGGAAAGGCACUUCUCUCGGCUCUGGACAGAAUGCCAGAACUGUGCUAAAACGAUGCAUGACAAGGUUAACUGCUCGGCUCGUGAUUGCCCUAUUUAUUAUAUGCGGGAGAAAGUACGCGGUGAUUUACGGGAGGCUCAUUCCGCCUUGGAACGUUUUGGCGAACCGUCAUGGUGA